UUCCUAGUAGAACGUUUGGAACAUCAUUUGUCAUUUGGUUGGUUUUUCUCACACUAUAAAUAAACAAACACCACCAACAACAACGACUCACAGUUUGUUUGUUCUACACAAUAAUUCUCACUUGUUUGUUUCAAUCAUCAUCCAUGUCGACUACUGCUGGUCAAGUCAUCAAAUGCAAAGCUGCGAUUGCAUGGGAGGCGGGGAAGCCGCUGGUGAUAGAAGAAGUGGAGGUGGCGCCACCACAAGCCGGUGAAGUCCGUCUUAAGAUACUCUUCACCUCCCUUUGUCACACUGAUGUUUACUUCUGGGAAGCUAAGGGUCAGACUCCUAUGUUUCCUCGUAUAUUUGGUCAUGAAGCUGGAGGGAUUGUGGAGAGCGUAGGGGAGGGUGUGACUAAUCUGAAACCAGGGGAUCAUGCUCUGCCUGUAUUCACUGGGGAGUGUGGGGAAUGUCCACAUUGUAAGUCUGAGGAAAGCAACAUGUGUGAUCUUCUUAGGAUCAACACAGAUAGGGGUGUCAUGAUCAAUGAUAACCAGUCAAGAUUCUCUAUCAAGGGACAGCCCAUACACCAUUUCGUCGGUACCUCCACAUUCAGUGAGUACACUGUGGUUCAUGCUGGAUGUGUUGCAAAGAUCAACCCUGCUGCUCCACUUGACAAAGUUUGUAUUCUCAGUUGUGGAAUAUGCACAGGUCUUGGUGCUACUGUCAAUGUUGCUAAACCGAAACCGGGUUCUUCUGUUGCUAUCUUUGGGCUUGGAGCUGUUGGCCUUGCUGCUGCUGAAGGUGCAAGGAUUUCUGGUGCAUCAAGAAUCAUUGGUGUUGAUUUAGUUUCCAGCCGAUUUGAAGAAGCUAAGAAAUUUGGUGUGAAUGAAUUCGUGAACCCAAAAGAUCAUGACAAACCUGUACAACAGGUAAUUGCUGAAAUGACGAAUGGAGGCGUUGAUCGUGCUGUUGAAUGUACUGGCAGCAUCCAGGCUAUGAUAUCAGCAUUUGAAUGUGUACAUGAUGGUUGGGGUGUUGCUGUGCUUGUUGGAGUUCCAAACAAAGAUGAUGCAUUCAAAACUCAUCCUAUGAAUUUCUUGAAUGAAAGGACUCUUAAGGGUACAUUUUAUGGCAACUACAAGCCUCGCACCGAUCUUCCUAAUGUUGUUGAGAAGUACAUGAAAGGGGAGCUGGAACUUGAAAAAUUCAUCACUCACACUGUACCAUUUUCAGAGAUUAACAAAGCUUUUGAUUACAUGCUUAAGGGACAGUCCAUCAGAUGUAUCAUCCGUAUGGGAGAGUAACACUGUAAGACUCUGUGAAAGAGUCCCUACUGGGAGACUGAGUUCUAUAUCUGGUUUUGAAAAAAUAAAUAAUGAAAUAUUGUUGUAUAUUCCAUUUUCGUUGAGUUUGUGAAGUUUGAUUGGAGAGAAUGAUUUGACAUUUGUGAUACAAUAUAUAAUAUCGGAUGAAUAGUGUUGUUUUUGUUAA